UACACCGUAUAGAUACAAAAUCUUCUUCCACAUGUAAAGAAUGGGCUAUAUUAUUUGCACAGAUCGAGCUAUAUCCACCACGUAUAGAUUGAACAUACAGUCAUACAUUAACCACGUUAUUCUAUUGUCUGUUUCUGAUUAUUGGAAACCAAAUUCCACACAUGCAAACUCUCUUUCAUUGAACCUUGGUUUUGGGACAGUGCAGUGACCAUAGCAGAAGAAGCAGUGAUGUCAAAGGCAGCAGAGCAAGCUCGUAGUUUAUUUGGAAUUUGUCUCUCACACAGACCCAAAUGGCAACAAUUCCUCAUUUGUUCUUCUGGUUUCUUCUUUGGAUAUCUAGUUAAUGGCAUAUGUGAGGAAUAUGUUUAUAACAGGCUUCAGUUUAGCUAUGGUUGGUACUUCACAUUUGUUCAAGGAUUUGUUUACUUGUUUUUGAUUUAUCUCCAAGGCUUCACAAGCAAGCAAAUGAUGAACCCAUGGAAAACUUAUGUGAAGCUUUCUGCUGUACUUAUGGGUUCCCAUGGCCUCACAAAGGGAUCUUUGGCUUUUCUUAACUACCCUGCACAAAUCAUGUUCAAAUCCACAAAAGUUCUUCCAGUUAUGGUAAUGGGUGCCUUCAUACCAGGUCUAAGGCGGAAAUAUCCAUUUCAUGAAUAUGUAUCUGCUGUACUUCUGGUGAUUGGGUUGAUCCUAUUCACACUAGCAGACGCACAAACAUCACCUAAUUUCAGUGCCAUUGGUGUUCUUAUGAUAUCUGGGGCUUUGAUCAUGGACUCCUUUUUGGGAAAUCUGCAAGAAGCAAUCUUUACAAUGAACCCUCAGACCACACAGAUGGAAAUGCUUUUCUGCUCUACUGUGGUGGGAUUGCCUUUCUUGAUUCCUCCCAUGCUUUUCACAGGAGAGUUAUUCAAAGCAUGGACAUCAUGCUCACAGCAUCUAUAUGUGUAUGGAGUGUUAGUUUUUGAAGCAAUGGCCACAUUUAUUGGCCAAGUCUCUGUGCUGUCACUCAUUGCCAUUUUUGGAGCUGCCAACACAGCCAUGAUAACAACGGCAAGAAAGGCAGUGACAUUGCUACUAUCAUACCUCAUAUUUACAAAACCAUUGACAGAACAACAUGCAACCGGACUCCUACUCAUAGCUAUGGGGAUUACAAUGAAGAUAUUUCUUGAUGACAGAUCCAACAAGAAGGCCUUGAACUCUUCUCCAAUUGCUAGUAUUCCAAAACCUUCUGAGGACAAAGAACUGAUGGCGCAAUCAGAUUAUGCAGGUGAACAUGAAGAAAGGAGACCGUUGGUUUAGCAUUGACAGACAUCAGAUACAAUUUAAUUUCUAUAGUGCAUGAAAAAUAUCAUUCAAAUGUCAAAUUAGCAUGUUUUAUAUAUAUUUUUUUUCAAUUGAAAACUCCUUACAAUUAGGCACUACAUUUUUUUAUAUAAUCAAACAUCUUACAAUAAGUUCAUUUAGAAUGUAAACCUAUUAUAGGUUGUUCUGAAGGAAAAUAUACAUAUAGAAUGUGUUUGGAUGGAGAAA